AAUGUCCUCUAUUUCUCCCUCCUGGAUUUGAAGAAUCACCAUGGGAAGAACACCUUGCUGCGAUAGCACUGGGCUCAAGAAAGGGCCAUGGACGCCUGAGGAAGAUCACAAAUUGCUUGAUUACAUACAAAAAAAUGGACAUGGCAACUGGAGGAAUCUUCCCAAGAAUGCAGGGCUCCAAAGAUGUGGGAAGAGCUGUCGUUUGAGAUGGACUAAUUAUCUUAGACCUGAUAUCAAACGAGGGAGAUUUUCGUUCGAGGAGGAAGAAACCAUUAUUCAGCUCCAUAGUGUUUUAGGCAACAAGUGGUCUGCAAUUGCAACUCGAUUACCAGGAAGAACGGACAACGAAAUAAAGAACUAUUGGAACACCCACAUAAGAAAAAGGCUUCUAAGAAUGGGAAUCGAUCCAGUAACCCACAGCCCGCGUCUCGACCUUCUAGACUUGUCCGCCAUUUUACGCUCGACUCUCUACAGCUCUUCACAAAUGAAGGUUUCAAGCCUGCUAGGAAUUCAACCAUUAGUCAAUCCGGAGCUUCUAAAAUUGGCUGCCUCAUUAAUGUCUUCUGAACGUAGAAGUCCAAGCUUUUCGCCUCAAAAUUCUUCGCCAACCAUUCAAUUUCCUCAUGAACAACAGCUGGUGGAGCCAACUGGAAGUGAAUUCAAUGAUGAGUGGCUAAGUGGCCCGAUUUUGCCGUCAUGUUUGAACCUGGAUGCUAAUUUUGAGUUGCUGGGUUAUGACUAUCAUGGCUUGGAUCAGCAAGAGCUCGCACCGACGCUAUGUUCCGUCGAGGGCAAGAACAAGAACAAGAACUUAUGUUCGCCUUGUUCUUCAAGCCCCACACAGAUGAAUUCAAACUCAACGAACUUCACAAGUGCGGCGGAGGAUGAAAAAGAAAGUUACUGCAGCCAGAUUUUGAAUUUUGAACUCCAUGAUAUUUUUGAUGAAGCUUUCAUGUAAUGAAAAGUCAAAUAAAUCCGAAAAAUUUAAACUUUCGACAAUUUGAAGCAUUGCGAAAUAGUUACG